UUAAACCUCAGAGCACAGGGCUGGUGACAGAGCCAGAGAGAGAGAGAGAGGAAGCAGGACGGUGCAGAGAACCCUGUGGAUAGAAAGAGAAACUUACACGAGAAAGGAGAAUGGUGAAUCUGCUGCACAGCAUGAAAUACUCCUUCCUGGUGACAACCCUGAGCCUCCUGCCACUGCUGGACUGCGUCAGAGGACAAGACAAGUGCCAGGCUUUGCAGAAAGAACCCAGGGGGGACUCUUACCCCAGCUGCUGUGACAUCGGCCUGAUCGAAGGAGAUUUACCAGUACAGCUGGAGUCAGCCAGGAAAAUCACGAGCAUCCCCGCCUCGUGUGAGGAGCUGCUGCAGGAGAACAACACCUUCUGCAGCUGUGUGAGGGACAAGAUCCACAGCUUCUGGCCUGACUUCGAGGAGUACCUCACCGGGAACGAUGUGAAUGAGAGCAUCAUAGACAUAACAGGGGCAAAGGCGCGGGUCCAGAACGUGAGGACCUCCAUCGCCCACGAUCUCAUCUUCACACUCCCGCCGAAUGAGGUCCCCAAGGAGCUAGACACAAGUGUGAAGAGGAACGUGAGCAACGUAAAACUCCCCAGGGGACUAUUUCAGUCCAUUCACAACGAGACAGACUACGUCAAAGUGGCGGUGUUGGUGCUCGACGUUGGACAAGUGGGCCUGUUUAAGGACCCUGACCAGACGGGCACCAUGCUAGACAACGUCAUGGUCAGUGUGAAAGUGGGAGGCAGGCAAAUCACCAGACUCAAUGAAUGUGUAGAACUCACCUUCUCCCACGGACUACUGCCCCAGAACGUGACCCGUCAGUGCGUCUUCUGGGACACCAAGAAAGGCAGGCACGGAGGAUGGAACACAUCUGGCUGCCUCACCGAACUCAGAGACAGGGGGACCCUGUGCUGCUGUGAUCACCUGACCUUCUUCACCCUCUUAAUGAAUCCGUCCCUAGACAAUGCCACAGCCCAGAAGUUAUUUACUAUCGCAGAUGUCGGCUGUGGGAUUUCCAUGGUCUUCUCAGCCCUCACCAUCAGCCUGUACUUUGCUCUAAGGUUCACUUACAAAAUAUUGAAGUCCAAUGACACGGCCAAGAUCCACGUGAACCUGACGAGCAGCCUGCUCCUCCUGAACCUGGCCUACCUGCUGAACAGACGGAUCUUCAGCCUGGGCCAUACAGGGCUAUGCAAGGGCAUCGGAGGCUUCACCCACUACUCCCUGCUCUGCUGUUUCACCUGGAUGGCCAUUGAGGCCUUUCAGCUCUACCUGUUGGUCAUCAAAGUCACCAACAUCUACAUGCGGCACUACAUGGCGAAGCUGUCCCUCGUCGGCUGGGGCUUCCCUGCUCUCGUGGUCACCAUCACUGGCAGCAUGAACAGCUAUGGAAAAUACACCAUUAUGGAUAUGGCCAACCGGACCACCGUCACCCUGUGCUGGAUAGACUCCGCUCACUUGGUGGUCCAUUACGUCACCAACUGCAGCUACUUCGGCCUGAUCCUCCUCUUCAACACCCUGGUCCUCGUGGUCGUAGCCUGGAAGCUGUUCAGCCUGCAGCGCGCCACAGCGGGGAAGGAGGAGAAAAUACAGGCCUGGAAGGGGGGCCUCACAGUGCUAGGCCUCUCCUGCCUGCUGGGAGGCACCUGGGGGCUGGCCUUCUUCACCUACGGCGCCAUGUCCGUGCCUGCAGCGUACCUCUUCACAGGACUGAACUCUCUCCAAGGUCUCUUCAUAUUCAUCUGGUUCACUGUUCUCUACUAUCCAAAGAAAGGAGCAACCACAUCCUCUUCCAGCAGCGGCAAGAAUGGGAAAGUCACCACCGCUUCCCACAGCUAACUGUAGGCCCAGCUUCUCUUCCAGGCAGAGGGGGGCUAGUUCAGAGGAAUUUGCCCAGUCCACGUAGCUUCCUCAAUGAGCGGAGAGGGAUGGGCAGGGCGCUAGCAAGGUGGAGAGCCGUGCUUAGGCUUGCUUGGCAAGCACAAUCAUGCAGUAGAUGAGCCCCUUUCUGUGCUCCUUCCCAUGGUGGGGUGCGGGAGAGGAGUUUUGUCUAGCAGUCAGAGCAGGGAACUGGAAGUAAGUGGCCUGCGUUCUGUGCCUUGUUCUGAGCCUGAUGCACUGCAUGAGGAUCAGAAUAAUACCUUCCUUACGGAUGGGUGAACCGUGGCACAGAGGAGUCAAGUUAUUUGCCCAAGGCUACCAGCUA